GAGUAGUAGCUUCGAAUGCUCCACGUAAACGUCGCGUGAUCAUAACACGGGAUGAGAGAGAGAAAGAGAGACGGAUCCCACAGCCGAGUGCUCACAGUGAUGCACAGUUCGAUCGAUAUUUCGCUGGUGCCCGUUAGACUAACGCUUGCUACCCGGGCGUGAAAUUCAGUCAGCUGCGAUACAUGUUUCUGGGCAAGCAAGCCGCCAGAUUUCCGGCGCCGCAGGAAGGAAAGCCUGGCUGGUACGCAAGUACAUAAAGCUCUCACAGAGGGAAACCAACCUACUAGGCUAGCUGCCUCAGCUGUGAUUGACAAGCCUCUUGGACGACUCGGCGAGCGCGCUUAUGGGCCCUUUCAGCCGCGAACAAGCCAUCUGGAAUGCGGGAUUCGUCAACUUUUGCGUGCUGGGCACGGGUGCCGUGCAGGCGGUAGUAUCCUGGGGAUGGUAACAGCAGAAUCGAAGACUGGGAUUGAGACGCGGUCCGAGCUCAGUACAAGAAGGGAUACAGUCACGGAGGGCAGGAGACGCCGGCUUCGCGCAAACACUUGCGAUAAAUCGCUCGUAGCCGCCAGCGGAAGCAAGCGGUUCAAAUGAAAACACUCCAGCGGGGAGAGAUGUCUUCAAACGGAAUGUUCUACGGGCUUGUGUUGAUCGUAGUGUGGACGUUACUUGGGAUGUGCCACGGCGUGUUAGACAAGGUGACCAUCGUGCCUGGGGAUGUGAACAUGGGCGGCCUGUUCCCCCUGCACACGGCCGGCCAGGACGGCGACUGCACCGAGCUGAAGAAGGGGAAAGGCAUCCAGCGCAUGGAGGCCAUGCUGUACGCUAUACAGGAAAUCAAUAAGUCCGACAAGAUUUUGAAAGGCAUCAAAGUUGGUGCCCAGAUACUGGACACAUGUGAGGACUACUCUCAUGCCUUGGAACAGUCGCUGAAGUUCGCGGGCAGCCUGCUGCGGCUGGACAGUCGGGACGUGAAGUGUGACGACGGCCGGCCUGCCGUGCUGCCCAAACCGAAGCCUCUUCUGGGCGUCAUCGGAGCGGCUUCAAGCUCCGUGUCGAUCAUGGUGGCCAACAUCCUGCGGCUCUUUCAGAUUCCCCAGAUCAGCUACGCGUCCACCAGUGAGGAGUUGAGCGACAAGACCCGGUUCCAGUACUUCUCCCGUGUGGUGCCGUCCGACAGUUACCAGGCCCAGGCCAUGGUGGACAUCGUCAAGUCCCUGGGCUGGACAUACGUGUCCACCAUCGCUUCUGAAGGGAACUACGGGGAGAAAGGCGUGGAGGCCUUCCGCCGGUUAGCCACCAGUGAAGGGAUAUGUAUAGCAAGCGAAGAGAAGAUCUCCAGGCGUUCAGGUGCCCCAGAGUUCCUCAGAGUUGUUAUGAAGCUACAAGAGAAGUCCAACGCACGGGGAGUGGUCCUCUUCGCUAACGAAGACGACCUGCAGGGAAUCCUCAGCGCUGCCAGAAACCUGAGUGCCAACUUCAGCUGGGUGGGAUCUGACGCCUGGGGAUCCAAGGCAGCCCCAGUCCAGGACCACAAGGAUGAAGCAGAGGGAGCUAUCACCAUACUACUGAAGAAAGUGAACAUACCAGGGUUUGAUAAGUACUUCACCUCUCUGAAUCCUAAGAACAACAACCGGAACGCGUGGUUCACAGAAUUCUGGGAGGAAACCUUCUACUGUAAAUACAACAUGAUGGACGCCCGUGAUGGUGUGCGGCAGUGCAGUGGUCGGGAAAAGUUAGGCCGGGAUGAAAGUAGAGGUAGCAGAUACCUGCAGGAAGACAAGGUGCAGUUCGUGAUAGACGCCGUGUAUGCCUUGGCCAUUGCUUUCGACAGAAUGCACAAGGAGAUCUGCGGCCCCGCCUUCGCUACUAAGAUCUGCAGUCAGCUCAGGGACAUCGAUGGCGAGCUGCUGCUGUCCUAUAUUCGAAAUGUUUCGUUCCAUGGUGCCAGCGGUGACCUGAUUUACUUCGAUGAAAAUGGAGAUGCGCCUGGAAGAUACGACAUCGUCCAGUUCCAAAAGUUAAAUGGCAGCUAUGAAUAUGUCACCAUUGGAGACUGGAAUGGGACCUUGCGACUAACCGGGACGUGGUCCUUCCCAGGCGUCUCGCGCGGCCAGGUCCCACAGUCCGUGUGCAGCCAACCCUGUGGACCCGCCGAGAAAAAACUCAAACCCGAGAAAGGCAACGCCUGUUGCUGGCACUGUGUAAAAUGUGACGGUUACCAAUACCUGUUGGACGAAAACACGUGUCGAGACUGUGGAAAAACAAGAAAACCCAACGCCACUCAGACCGGCUGUGUGCAACUGGACAUCAAAUAUCUGCGGUGGGAUUCCGCUUGGGCCAUAUUCCCUGUGUGUUUUUCCACUCUGGGCAUCGCAGCAGCCAUAUUCGUUAUCACAGUUUUUCUGAGAUUUCAGGAAACGCCAAUUAUUAAGGCUUGUGGGAGAGAACUAAGCUACAUGAUACUGUCUGGCAUCCUCCUGGUGUAUAGUGUAACAUUCCUACUGGUGGAGAAACCGUCAGCAGCCGUGUGCGCGAUCCGAAGGCUAGGAUUGGGCCUGGGACUCACUCUUUGCUACGCAGCACUGCUCACCAAAACGAACCGCAUCUACAGAAUUUUCAAACUGGGAAAAUCGACACCGAAGAAGCCAAAAUAUAUCAGUCCAAACUCCCAGGUUUGUAUCUGCCUGGGACUGGUAGCAGUGCAGAUGCUAGGGAUGAUUGCGUGGCUCAUAGCGCAGCCACCGUCCAGUAAAGUGGAGUGGUUCAGACCACGGGAUCCACAGUUCGCUACAGGGAUGCUGCUGUGUGGGACCAGUGACGUGUCCUUCAUCUCCUCCCUCUGCUACAGCAUGGUCCUGGUGGUCAUGUCAACAAUAUACGCCGUCAAGACGCGACACAUCCCAGAUAACUUCAACGAGACCAAACACAUAGGCUUCGCAGUGUACACUACCUGCAUCAUCUGGCUCGCCUUCAUUCCUAUCUUCUUCGGCACAUCACAAGUCAUCAAUAAGGAAGAGAUCCAGUUCAUGGCCCUGUCGGUAUCCCUUAGCCUGAGUGCGACCGUCCUUCUCUGCUGCUUGUUUGCACCCAAGCUGUACAUAGUCCUUCUACAUCCAGAGAUGAACGUGCGGCCUCGGCGCGUCUCCAAGCAGGAGGCCAUGGUCCAACAGGCCGUGGCCAAGUGGAGAAAGGCCGUAGAGGCCCGUAAGACAUCCAUAGCAGAUCCCAACGAAACUGCAGAGACCUUGACCACCGUGUUGUCUUCAAGCGAGGCUCUAGUUGGCCCCAAAGACCCAAACGGUCACCGGGUGAAGUGGAGAUCCGACCUGCUGGACGGUCCCAAAGACGACUACCGAGGAGAUGCGGAGGGGGAGGAGGCUGCAGAAUCUGAGCCAGCCACCAGGUGGAGAAAGCCGCAAAGCCGCCUCUUUAGACUGGACGGAGAGGAGGACGAAAAGAUAUUACUGGGGAAAACUUCGGUAGGACAGAUCAGUCCAGCCAAGCUAAGAUGGCGCAAAGUUGCCGCUCUCGCUCUCGCCAAGCAGCGAGCGGGUGAACUGGGGAGAAGCUCGUCAGGGAAUCAUCUAAAAGAGGGUGUCAAAAUUAACGAAAACCAGAACCAGAUUUUUCCCCCAGACGGAGAAAAGAUAGGACAGUUGAGUCGUUCGCCAUAUUCCCGGGACAACCUCCCCACAAGAGGAAUACUCACCAAUAGAAACACCAACGGCAAGGAACUGGAGAAUGCCGGCAAACACAACUCUCUCAGAAGAGGGUCGUUACAACCAGAAGAUAUGCGUGUCAAAAGAAACAUUGCUACAGAUAGGAGCAGCGAUUCUGUCCACAGCAUGGGGAACAAGUGGAGAAGGGGCUCGAUGCAUGUAACCACACUGGAGGAAAAGAAAGAACCAGAGCCGAAACCACCUCAACCAGCUCCACAGACUAAAAAACCCGAGCUGUUGCGAAAACAGUCGUCUCUCGAAGAUGACAGCAGAGUAAGACGUGCCAAAGAAAGCUUUGCCGGCUGGAGAAAAAAGUCAAUGUCGGAAGACAGUCCGAUAGUGAACAAGGUUCUUGAGAAUCUUGCUCCUAAGGAGGAGAAAAAGGAAAGUAAUGUUCCAGAUAAUCUCCCCGCCUGGGCGGCGGCUGCCAGGUGGAGAAAAACCGCCUCCUCCAGUAAACUGUUGGCACAAAGGACAGCCGAGCGGCCCAAGAAGGCCACACCUAUUCCUGAAACGUCACAGACGCCGGGCAACCGCGAAAAUUCAAACGUCUUGAAGAAAACAGAUAACAGUAUAACCAAUAACCCCACGGACGUCCGAGAGGGGCCCUUUGGAUUUCUUCAGGAUAAAAACUCUAAUUAUCAGAACCCAGUGCCCAUACAACCACGGGUUCGAAACCCGCCUAUGCCUCAUAACCCCAAUCCAAGCAAUCCGACCACCCUUGGGAACAAAAGGUCGUCCAAGGAGAUUCAGGAUGAAAGCCCCACAUCACCAAAGACGGAGCUACCGGGAAUUGCUUUGAUGGCAAUAGCAAGAUGGAAACAGGCGGCAGAGGCAACAAGGAAAGCGAAGGAGAAGGCAAUCGGAAAUGUUGAAGGAGUGUUAGGAAAUAUCUUCCAAAGCGAGGAAGAGGAGGCCGCCGCACAAAACCCUGCUCUUCAGAGUCAGCGGGCUGCAAGACGUGACAAGGCGUUCACCAAUGGCGGAGUGUCCGUUAAAACAAAGGACACGUCGGUUCGAGUAGGAAUCCCAGGCAGUGAACACCCGCCGAGCCACGUCUGACAGGAACUGACGCCUUGCUUCACCGUAGAGCAAGAGCUACACAGACUAUUAGAUACUCCGGUAGAGGAACUGUUGCCUAUUUCGUCGCCAUCUUGUCAUUGCCAAACCUUUCAGUGGCAAAUCGUCCGAUAUUGUCGUGAAUAUAAACGUGAAUGUGCACAGCUAGCGCGGAAAGGACGUUUGUUGUGUAUUAUAUUUUGAUCAGGCGUCUCGUAUUACGGUAAGCAUGUUGAAAUCGUCCAUUGCUGUCACUAAUUUGGAUAAGCUACAGGAAAAAAAGAAAUAUCUACACUAACAGUCUAUAGGUGUUGAAAAUUCGUGCUCAGCUCCGUGCCCUCUGCCGAUGUUUUGAAAAUGACAGCUCCUAAAACCGGUCUGUUGCACCUCACAGGAAGCUAGAGUUUAAUUAACCCUAUUCAGACCGGGCUGUUUUGGUCAUCCCUGGACGGGGGGUGGGGGGUGGGGCUUUUGAGGCCCUCCACUUCUAAGUCCUAUAACUCUUAGACGACGUGUCGUAUUGCAACCAGAUUUUCAGGAAAUUAUAUUGACAUAAUAUCUGACAAUUUUAAGACGUUUGACGUUACGAUAACGCAAUAUGACGUAAUUAUGACGUCAUCAAUUUGAUUAUAUUGGCCAGACCCAUAAAAAAGGGUAUUCUAAGAAAACUUCAAGUUUUGCUACAAAAAUGUAACAGCAAGUGCAGAUAACAGAAUGGUAAUGUUUGUUACGACAUGUAUUGCCAAUCGCAACUUCAAUGACGUCAAACUGACGUCAUAAAAUGACGUCAUGCACCAUCUAAUAUACCAGUUGGGAUCCGCCAUAUUAUAUCCACCACCUUGAAUUUUCAAAAAUACUUUUUUUGCUACAAAUAAUCACAAAAGGUAAUGGA